AUGUAUAAGCGCAACGAACUCCAACUCAGAGUGGGUAUUUUCUUCGCCUCUGCGUCACUCAGUGGCGCAUUUGGCGGUCUUUUGGCCUACGGAAUCGAGAUGAUGGAGGGCGUUUCCGGACAUAAGGGUUGGCAGUGGGUGUUCUUUCUAGAAGGAAUCGGGACGGUUUUGAUCGCCGGCUUUGCUCUAUUUUACCUACCAGCCAGUCUAGAAAAGGCCUCGUUCUUAACGCCUGAGGAGCGCGCGUUCGCCGUGGCCAGGCUGAAAUUUGUUCCCAAGCUGAAUGCUCAACCAGGGUUAGCUCUCGAGGCUCCCGAGAGCUCGAUCUCCUCAAGCGACCAAGCCGAAGCCACGCUCGAUGAUAAGACUGCUCCCACCCCUCGCGACCCUACAAAGUUUGAGAAGGAGAGACAUCUGCCAUUGUUGGAUUCGGAUGGCAAAGUCGCCGACCCUAGUUCAGGGGACACUCAGACAGCUGAGAAAUUCGAAAUGUAUGAAGUCAUUCGCGGUUUCAAGGAGCCCCAGGUCUGGCUCACCGGGAUUGGCUACAUGUCGCUCUGCGUUGGCUUGUAUUCGUAUAGUCUGUUCCUACCAUCGAUUGUGGCUGGGAUGGGAUACCACGGCACACAGGCCCAGCUUUACUCCUCAUUUCCCUAUCUCCCGGCUUCCGGUUUGGUAGUGAUUGUAGCGUUUGCUGCUGACAAACUUCAGCUGAGAGGGCCGAUGGUUGUCAUGCUAUUGCCUCUAACCAUUGUCGGAUACAUCUUGGGCCUUGUCGCCACUACCAACACGGUUCGCUAUGUGGGCGUGUUUUUCAUGGCAGCAGGGAUCUAUCCUUCGGUUCCUUCAAUCCUUUGCAUCCUUCCGAACAACACGGCAGGUCUUACCAAACGAAGCGUCACCACGGCAUUACAACUCAUGAUUGCCAAUUGUGCAGGGUUCAUUGCCACGUUUAUCUACACAUCUGAUCAAGCUCCACAAUACAAGAAAGGACACUCGAUUGCACUCGCAUUCACCUGUUUGGCCUGGCUGAUGUUGGGAUCCAACUCGGUCUAUUGCGCUUGGGAAAACAAAGCUAGGGCCGCUGGUCGGAGAGACUCCAACGUGCAGAAAUAUCAGGAUUUGGUCCAAAAGGGAAUUACUUCGGCCCCUAUCGGUGAUCGGGCUCCCAACUUCAAACUGACACUCUAG